AUGAUGUGGAUGAAUUACGCGGACCUGCUUGUCAGUUUGGUAUCCGCCGUUGAGGUCAUAUCUUCCUUGCUGGUGAUUCCAGUCAGCCCUGUACUUGUUCGCAUCCUGCGACUCGGCAAGCUUGCACGGGUACUCCGCUUGGUCAGCAUGGGUAGCGUCCUCCAAUCCCUGCAGUUGCUGCUGAAAAGCCUUGUUGCCAGCAUUGACAUGCUUUUCUGGAGCUUCUGUCUUCUUGCCUUUCUUCAGUGCGUCGCCGGCUUGAUCAUCAGCACCUUCUGUCGUGAGUACAUUGGAGAUGACAGCCAUGACCAAGUGCAGCGCGAGGAAGUCUUCAAGUACUUUGGCACGUUCACACGGACGUUCCUGACGAUGUUCGAAGUGUUGUUUGCAAACUGGGGACCACCGUGUCGCGUGCUUGUGGAGAACAUCAGCGAGUGGUUCUCUGUGUUCUUCUUGCUGUAUCGGUGCGUGAUAGGCUUUGCGGUCCUGAAUGUGGUGGGAGCCGUAUUCAUCCAGCAGACCCUGAAAACCGCCAACUCUGACGAAGAGCUCGCGUAUCGGCAGAAAGAGAAAGAGAUCCAAUCCUACACACGAAAAGUGCGAAAGCUUUUCCAGUCGAUGGACGAUUCAGGGGAUGGCGCGCUCAACUUAGAAGAGUUUUCCAAGCUCGUCACAAGUCCCAAGUUGAGUUUCUGGAUGAGCCAGCUCGAGUUGGAAUACCACGACUUACUGAGUUUGUUUGAGUUUUUGGACAACGGCGACGGGCAGAUUACGCUCCAGGAAUUUAUUGAGGGCUCAGCACGAUUCCGGGGAGGAGCGAAGGCGCUGGACAUAUGGCGCUUGGAGACCAAAGUGGAAGUUCUUUUUGAGGAGAUGCUGAACUUGAUGCACACCAAUGAUUCCGAAGUAUCAUCCUAUGUACAGCGUGCGUUUAACGAGUCGGCCUAUUCUCAUAUCAAGAGCGCGUUGCGCAAGGACACCCCAUAG